UGAAGCUUCUGUAUCUGCCCGUUUUGACUCCCUCAGAUGCUACCAGCUUCAGACCUUUUCAGCACUGAAUGCUUCAAAACCUGAUAAGCUCCCUAUGGAAAAGCUUUUUGAGGAGCUUACAAGGGGCCAUAAUAAACAGGAAUGAAUUUCACCAUGGAAGAGAGGCUGUACAAGCUAAAGAGGAGGGAAAGAAUUAGUGAACCGUGUAUUAGCUCUGCAGACUGAAGAAACAGAAACUCUGUUGGACAAAGCUGGCAAUUAAGAACACCCUAUGAAGCUCUAGAGCAGGCACUAAUGGAAGGCCCUUUGCAAACCUCCAUUCACGUGUGCCAUGAAAAUGGUCAAUGGAUGUCACGACUGCCAGAGAAGCUCUGGGAUAUUCCCCUCUAUAACUUGGCUCUUCCAGGCAGUCACGACACUAUGACCUAUUGUUUGGAUAAAACCUCUGCUGUUAGUGGAAAUGAAUCCAAGGUGGUGAAGUUUUUAAACAAAUGUAUCCCCUGCAUUGUGCACCCCAUUAUCAUGAAGUGGUCUAUAACACAGGUACUGACUGUUACGGAGCAACUUGAGGCCGGAGUUAGAUAUCUGGAUUUCAGGAUUGCCCACAAGGCUAAUGAUCGAUCUAUGAAUUUGUACUUUGUGCAUAUGGUUUACACAACAGUUACUGUACAGGAAAUUCUGUGGGAAGUGUUAAGGUGGUUGGAAAAUCAUCCUCGGGAAGUUGUUAUCUUAGCCUGCAGGAAUUUUGAUGGAUUAACCAGGAAACUUCAUUGUCUUCUUAUUGCUUAUAUAAAAGAGACUUUCCAAUGUAAACUGUGUCCCAGAAAUGUGGUACCGACACUGCGGACCAUGUGGCAGCAUGGCCACCAGGUUAUAGUCUCGUACGAAGAGGACGUGGAAGUGGAGGAGCACUGUGAGCUGUGGCCUGCAAUUCCAUACUGGUGGGGAAACAAAACUUCCACUCGUGCUCUUAUUCAGUAUUUAGAGCGCAUGAAGCGGAUGGGCCGUCCAGAGAAAUUCUUUGUAGCGGGGAUUAACCUUACUGAAAAUUUAAGGUAUAUUCUUGUACACCCAUUCGGAUCACUGAAGAAAAUGACACUCCAGAGUCUUCCAUGCUUGAAAAUCUGGAUAAAGCAGCAGUAUCCAGGACCAAAAAAAGAAUGUAUUAACAUAAUUGCUGGAGACUUCAUAGGAAAUGAUGAUUUUGUCAAUGAUGUGAUAGAACUUAACACAAAAAUUAAUCCUCCAUUACACUGUCAAAGUAAAGGGGCUGGAACAAAGAGCAUUUAAUUCUCAGCUGCUUCAUCUGUGAGAAGCUGAAAAGGCUUUGUCUGCAUUUAAUGUAAACCAGUUUAAACAUCCUGGAUCCCAUAAAGGUUCGGUUAAACCAGGGAUGUUCUAAAGACUCAGUAAGAAAAGUGCUCUUGACACCAUCUGGGUUUCAAGGCCUUUUCACAGAAAAGAGAGCAAGCAGACCUUGCUGAAGUCUCUAGAGACCUAUAGUAUAAUUCACUUGGAUGCACUAGGAUUCUGUAGCAGUUGGCAAUAUUGAAAGUCCCAAGAACUUAAUCUUAUUUUAUUUUACAUAUGAGCAAGAAAGAAGGAGAAAUAUGUCAGUAGCUGCAUGAAUUAUUCUAAGAUUUUAUCUUUCUUAUAAUUGUAAAGAUUUUCUGCAGUACUUGCGACUCCAAUUCUCAGUCUUUUCUAUCAGUGUGACACUGACUUAUCUGUUUUCAGUUUGUGUUAAAAUAUACAAAAGGAACAGUUUAAAAAUAUUUUUUGAUACAUCAAAGAUACUGUAUUGGCGAUUCCAUUUGACAUGAUUUCUAUAUAUACAGCAAUAUAUCAUUAACAUUGGAGAUCUAGAAGCAGCUGUACUGUUGUUGUGUGCUGAGUAUCAGUUAUGAGCCCCUUUACCAACAGAGUAGUCAUAAAAUUCCUUAUGAUCUGUUUGAACACUUACUCUUUUUAUCGCUUGUGCCAGUUCUGCAGUAAUAGAUACCAAAACUAGGCCCCUAGACAGUUUUGUCUAUGGUAAUGAAAUAUGUUUUACUAGGUGUUGCCAAAUGUGCCUUACAUUGAAAAUAAACACAUCUGAAACAAAUUCCUUAUCUAAACUGAGACUGCUCUAGAAGUACAGAUUCUUGGCUUCUGUCGUGCUCAUUCGGGGUUUCACAUCUGGUCUUUUUUUUAGCUACUUUAGUAGGUCUAUAAUUAUUUUUUGUCUCAGUAAGUAGUUUUUGCUUAUGUAAAAACUAAGAGGUUUAUGCUGUUUGCCAUCACAUAUUAAUCCUAUUCUAAAUUUUUUAAAAAAGAACUGUGCAAUUACAGAUGAUCAUGAAGGUAAGAGAAAUGGCAAGCAGCGGUACUAAAACAAAACCAGGCAUUGUGAAAAGUUCACUAUGCAGCUUCGUCAAUCUACCUCACUUUUUAGAUGCACUUUAUAUGCAAAAGCUGAGUUCACAUGUCUUGCGAGAUAUUAACGUUCGCAGAGGGUGUUUGCAGAAGUUUUAAAUCAACUGCUACUUGACAUCAGAUCACACUCACCCUAGACUUCUCAGUGUGAAAGGCUACAAUGCUACCUCGUCAUGCAAUCUCUUGCAAUUGCAGAAUAUGUAGGAGUAAACCAUUAACCAUUCCAUUUAUAAGGAAGACUUUCUAAAUGCUUUUUUACAGUGCUUUUCAUCCUUGUUCUUACCUCUAUGUACUUCAUACUGAGCAGUCAUUCAGUUUUGAUUUUUCUUUUAGGGUAACUACCUGCAUGAAGUGUUAUGUUAUACAUACUUGGAAUGUUUUUCUGCCUGUCUUUGCUACCCUCAAGUGGCUUGUUACUCUGUUCAAUAAAACUUGAUCUCUCUGUGUAAUACGGACUGAAAUAGUUUUACUCCUCCUUUCUGUGAUACUGAUUGUUUUAUUGGUUCCCAGUAGUAAUUCAUAACUCAAAAUGG